AUGUCGGGCCUCCUGAACAAGUACGUGCGCGUACCCACCAACACACCGCUCCCUUCCACCAUCUCAGAUACCCGCACCUCCUCCGCUACCGCCGGCUUUGGCCGCGCACGCACACGCUGGGCGCUCAUCGCAGCCGCCCUCUUCACCCUCCUCGUCUUCUUCGGCUUUGCUUCCUCCGACUCGGAAACAUCGGCUACCUGGAAGGCAAAGGCGGGCGAAUAUGCAGGCAGGAUCACCUCCGAGUCGUGGUCGUGGGGCAAAUCCAAGCCCUCCAAGACCGGCUUCUCCUCAGUCACCGACGUCGAUGGCAACGAAUUUGGCCGCUGGCUCAACGGCUCCGGACGCGCAGAUCUGCACUACGACUCGCCCUUCAACCCCGAGGACCUCACACUCACCGAAGACGAGUGUGACACCUUCUUCCCCGGCCUCUGGAAGGAGAUCGACCGCAGCGUAGACUACUACACCGAGCAUCCGCUCACCGCAGAGUACCUCGACAAGGUGUGCGACGACGGCAUCUGGUCGCACGCCCGCGUGCUCAUCCACAAUAACCGCGUCUACCUCAAGUACUUCCAGCAGUCGCCCUUCACCCGCGUCAACUCGGCGCUCGCACUGCUCUUCCAGUCCGUCACCGGCGCACGCGAGAAGCUGCCCGACGCCGAAUUCUGCCUCUCCGCCAACGACUGGGGCAGCAUGGGCAAGUUCUCGCUCGACCGCGCCCCCUACCUCGUCGACCUCUGGCUCAUGCCAGACUACGGCUUUUACAGCUGGCCUGAGCCCGGCAUCGGUUCAUACACCGAGCACCGCGAAAAGACGCUCGAGCUCGAAAACGCAACGCCCUGGAGCGCAAAGAUCAGCAAGCUCUUCUGGCGCGGCGCCAUGAGCGUCGGCACCGCCGACCGCAAGGCCUUGCUCGCCGCCGCCGAGAACCACGCCUGGAACGACGUCAAGCCGCUCGACUGGGGCAACCGCGAAGGCUUCGUCUCCAUGGCUGACCACUGCAAGUGGAAGUUCCACGCAUUCCCCGAAGGCAUGACCUACUCCGGUCGCUUGCGCUACCUUCAAAACUGUCGAUCCGUCAUCGUCACGCACGAGCCACGGUGGAUCCAACACUGGACGCACCUCUACAAUCCGGAUCCGGAAUCGCCCGAUCAGAACAUCGUCUUUGUGCCCGAGUACACCGGUACCGAGCCGGGCACCGAGGUCCAGGAUGACCGCGGCCAGGUCUUCAGGGAUAGAACCUGGAUGCGAUUGCCCGAAGUCAUGGACUCGCUACUCGAGGACGACGCACGCGCAAAGAGGAUCGCCGAUAAUCAGUGGAGCUUCUUUAGGGAGAGGUACAUCAGUCCCGCCAGUGCUGCAUGCUAUUGGAGGAAGGCCAUCAAGUCCUAUGCCGGCGUACAGCAGUUCAAGGUGAACUACACCGGCACCGAAACCAGCUACGAGAGCUUCCUGGUCUUGGGCAACAAGCUCAAAGGUAUUGCAGAGUAA